AUGGCCGCCGCCGCCAUGUUGCUGCCAGUCGGCGGGCAGGAGACGCUGCGGCGCUUCACACGGGAGUCCCUGGCUGCCAUCGAGGCCCGCCUCAAUGAGGAGCAGGUCCGGCAAGCCAAGGUUGGUCUGUCUGAUUACCAGGAGGAUAUGGGUGAUGUUGAGGAGCUGAAGCCGCGUGCUGACCUUGAGGCCGGCAAGACGCUGCCUCGCAUCUUUGGAGACAUCCCGCCCGGCCUGGUGGGCACGCCCCUCGAGGACAUCGACCCCUUCUACAAAAACCAAAAGACCUUCAUCGUACUAAAUCGGGGCAAAGCCAUAUUCCGCUUCAGUGCCACCCCAGCUCUGUAUAUCUUCAGCCCUUUCCAUCUCAUACGAAGGAUCGCCCUCAGGAUACUGGUGCACUCAUAUCCUUUUU